AUGGCUUUGGGAUGCCUUUUUGAAGGGCAUGAUGAGGCCUCUCGGGAGGCUUCAAUCCUCGAAGGAACUGGAUAUUUCGAAACGUGCCGUGGUCUGGUUGACCUGCAAGACUGCAACGACCUAGUGACUCUCCAGGCCAUCCUCUACAUGAAUAUAUUUUUGCUUUAUACUGCCCGGGUGAGCUCAUGCUUUUCUGCCCUUUCCUAUACGUUCUCCCUUGCCCUCCGCAUGAAAUACCACCAAAUCAUUGAUACAGAUAAUGAAAUCACCCGUGAAGACAAGAGACACGUGUUCUGGACGACACGACACCUCUUAGCAUGCGUUGCCAUUGCCGGUGGCCUUCCGAUGCCCAUUGGGGGUGACGAUCUUGAUUUUGACUAUCCUAAUGUGGAAGGUGUGCGUGGAAUGCAUCACAAAGGACCGCUUUCUGAAAAUCCGCAUAAUACAGUGCAAUGGAGCCCAACUGUUGCCAGUGUCGCAUGUUUCCGUUUACAUGAUAUUCUUGGACAUGUGACUAAGCGACUAUACCCCUCUAAAGGUGCUAAGAAAACGCAGGGUCAGGGGCCAUUGCGCCAUCUAGUGAGUAUGGACACUGUGCGGGAACUGGAAGGAGAACUCAGGUCCUGGUUGGCCUCACUACCACCGAGCUGCCGCCUCGGUCAGGAGAGACACCCGCAACAUAUUGAACGGGCCAAAUAUGAGCUGUGCAUGUCUUAUGCACACGCUCAGAUCUAUCUGUACCGACCGUUUUUGCAUUAUUUAGAUCCCGCGCUCGCCGACGGGACUGGGGCCGCCGAUGGCUUCCCAGGGUAUGCCUCCGCCUGCGUGGAUGCUAGUCGCAACAUCAUUCGGCUUGCCCAGGACAUGUGUCAUCGGGAGCUUCUCCGCGGAGCACAGUGGGAUAUUUCUAUCAUGAUCUUGGCCUCCUCUUUAACGAUGCUUUAUAUCAUCCUAGCGAAAAAGGGCUCAACAGUCGAGGAAAUGGCUCUAAGAGAGUUGGCCACUGCACGGAGCCUAAUGACUCUGCUCGAGCCCUAUACGAUGCUUUCUAAGAGGCUGAGUGUUGCAGUAAAGCUUUUGACGACAACAAUUCUCCCUGAUGGAAUGAGCAGCGCGUCUCCACUAAUUAUGGUGCAUAGUCCGUCGACACAGGUGUCCUACCGGGUAGAUGACUCAUACACAGCCACCUUGGCCGAGAAAGCAUUUGGCUUAUCAAAGACCAACGAACCAGGUCAUCCGGAGAUGCUAUCACUUGGGAGACAAAGGGAACCCGCACUGUUCCCUCCCGCAACUGAGAGGCAAUCAGCAAAUAUUCCCUCGCAGAGAUCGACUGGAAUUGCUAUUCAGGGAGAAAGCACGAGUCAAAAUGCUCCAGCGCUUGCUGAAGCUCAAAAUUCGGGACCCUCUGACCUUCCGUUUACGAUGCUAUCUGCGCGGAAUAUGUACAACACGCCAUUAUUUAGCGGUGAUGCUGUAGAGAAUAGCCCCGUUCUACAAUAUGGAAUAAAUACUGACGACUAUGGAUAUAUGAUUGAUGGUACAGGGCCGAUCGACUUUAGUGACAUGAUUGGUGAUCUUUUCACAUCGGAGGGACUGCUUUAG